CAUCAACACGAUGCACUUCUCAACAUCAGACGGAGCGGCCAUGGUCACAGACACGGCUACGGCCACGACAACCCGUCAAUCACUAAAGUUCCUGUUACAUUGCUUCUCCGCCACCGGCCAUGUUUUGCCAAUGCAAGCCGUCGCCAGGGAGCUAGUUGAGCGUGGCCACGAAGUCGCUUGGACGACAAUAGCGCCGCAGGAACAGCGAGUCCUUGCAUCAGGGGCAACCUUCGUCGCUGCAGAGGAAGUCGUAAAAGUAGAUGGCAAUUUGGAGGGCGCCGAACCCAAAGAUAUGGCUGAGACGGCAGAGAUCAUGUUUCGAGGGCGUGUCACGGCGCAGGUCACUGAUAUCCGCCGUGUCCUCAAGACCUUCAAGCCCGACUUUGUUCUCAACGACGCUCUGCCUCAAGGCGUUGCAGCGCUCUACGAGCUAGGCGAGAUUCCUCAGUAUGCAACUCUAGGGGUUGUUCCGUUGUAUUUGCCAGAUAUAGGGCCCGAGCCCAUCGAGCAUGCUGCUCAAUCUGCUUUGGGACUGCUCAUCAGUCAACCACAACUGGUGCUGCCUACAAUCAACCCGGAGAGAGAGAAACUUGGACUGCCUGCCCUCAAAGUCACGGACACAUAUUCUUACAGUCCUUUCCUGCACAUCCAGGCUUCGUGUCCUUCCCUGGAAUUCCAAAAGGGCCCCGAGCCUAUUCUUCCCCAAGCUCAGUAUGUCGGACCUCUGGUUACGCGUCUUGCAGGUGCAAGUGUUGGUGUGCCAACAUGGUGGCAAGACAUUCUCGACGCCAAGUCCAUCAUUGGAAUCACGCAGGGCACAUUUGCCAUGGACCCAACCUCACUCAUUAUACCCGCCAUCAAAGCGCUUCAGAACGACAAGAGCCAUUUGCUGGUUGUGCCUUCAAAACUCGCCGACGAGAUUCGCGACAAGGUUAAGGUCGAAGAUAACGUUCGCAUUGCGGACUGGGUUCCCUAUGACCUCCUCCUUCCACGCUGCCGCCUUCUCGUAACGAACGGUGGAUACGGUAGCGUGACGCAGGCCCUUUCACACGGCGUUCCUCUUGUCUGCGCCGGAACUUCGGAAGACAAGAAGGACACAGCUGCGCGGGUAACUUGGGUUGGUGCAGGUAUUGAUCUGAAGACCGACACUCCCUCAGUGGACCAGGUUCGCGAGGCGGUUCACAAAGUACUCAACGAGACAAGCUACAAGGAGAAUGCGACUAAAAUUGGAAACGAGCUCAACGCACAAGGCGGUGCCAAGAGGGCGUGUGAUUUGUUAGAAAAGGCGGCGGUAAAGCUAAGCUCCUCGACGGGAAGAACAUAGAGACAAACCCGGGCGAGGAAAAGAGUAAUGACGUAGAUCCUCUCCAAGAAUUGAUAGUUAAAAAUCCGCGCAGUGACAGGCUGACAGCAAAC